AAGGACGUCAAAAAGCUGAGAGCAGAGGGGCGUUGUGACGGAGAGAGACUAAGUGCGGGGGCUGCGUUGCUGCUGCUGUCGCUGUCACUGGCUCCCAAAGCGGAUACCGGAGUUGCCAGGACUGGCAUUCACUCUGCCAUGGCUACCAUUUCACAAGCCAGGCGGCUGGCUGUUGCGAGAGUGCAGCGAAUCAGCCUUCUCAUGCAUUUUUGGAUAUUUGACCGCUGAUUAAAAUAACAUCGCCUAUAGUGCGUGUUAGGCAUAUUUCCGACUGCCUUAUUGCUUCCGCUACAAAUAUACAUAUAUUUAGCUACAUUACUCUUGUUGAUUUUCUUUAAAACGAUUUUUGUGCUGGUGAUUUUUGUAAAUCGAAACACUGGUAUUCUCAUCCAUCGGCAUCGUAUAGACUGAAGCGUACCAAUGUUGUGACUUUGUACUCCAGGCAGAAGAGGCUCAUGCGUGUGUAAUGCAGGAAUACUCUUUCACCAUGUUGUUCCCUAUAAAGUCGUGCGUUUAUUGCGUGGCAUUGUAGAGGCCAUCCAGGUGGAACUGAUUCUUGUUACCUCGGCAACCACGGUUUUUGUUAAAUAACCGAAUUGACGGCCACAUCAUCUCUACACGGGAAGUUCCCAGUUGAUGGAUUCUGAUAUGGAUUACGAGAGGCCAAACGUUGAAACCAUCAAAUGUGUGGUAGUGGGAGACAAUGCUGUGGGAAAGACUCGUCUCAUCUGUGCCAGGGCAUGCAAUGCCACCUUAACACAAUACCAGCUUCUGGCUACCCAUGUACCAACUGUCUGGGCAAUUGACCAAUAUCGUGUAUGCCAAGAGGUGCUAGAACGAUCACGUGAUGUAGUGGAUGAUGUUAGUGUAUCACUUCGUCUAUGGGAUACUUUUGGUGAUCAUCAUAAGGACCGUCGUUUUGCCUAUGGAAGGUCAGAUGUGGUUGUUCUUUGUUUCUCCAUUGCCAACCCUAACUCUCUCCAUCAUGUUAAAACAAUGUGGUAUCAAGAGAUCAAGCAUUUCUGCCCACGGGCACCUGUUAUUCUUGUUGGUUGUCAGCUGGAUCUUCGCUAUGCUGAUUUGGAAGCUGUUAAUCGGGCAAGACGUCCUCUUGCCAGACCUAUAAAGCCCAAUGAAAUCCUGGCCCCAGAAAAGGGUAGAGAAGUGGCAAAGGAGUUGGGAGUACCUUACUAUGAGACAAGUGUUGUGGCACAGUUUGGAGUAAAGGAUGUUUUUGACAAUGCAAUUCGAGCUGCACUCAUCUCAAGGCGCCACUUACAGUUCUGGAAAUCACAUCUGCGCAAUGUGCAGCGGCCUUUGCUCCAGGCACCAUUCCUUCCUCCCAAGCCACCACCACCUAUGAUCUUAGUACCUGAUCCACCUUCUACAAUCGAGGAGCACCCUGGACGACUUCUUGAAGACCCUCUUUGUGCAGAUGUAAUUCUCAUCCUGCAGGAGCGCCUACGAAUCUUUGCACACAAAAUCUACCUCUCCACCUCCUCCUCUAAAUUUUAUGAUCUCUUUCUCAUGGAUUUGAGCCCUGAGAACUGUGACUCUGACAGGACAGCUGGCUAUCUCCAUACCCAGUGUCAGCCACUAGGGGGCCGUGACCUCCUUAUGCGGGCUGCUAGUUUUGAUGUAUCUGAGAGCAGUGAUGAAGGAAAUAGGUCAAAUCUAAGGACCUCCACUAGUGAUGGAACAUUAAAAGGUGAUAAUUAUGAGAAUUCCAGGAGAGGUCGAUUAUUGUAUACCUGGAGUCGGGCUUUUGUGAGUAUUCAGGAGGAAAUGGUGGAAGACCCAGUUACUUACAAUUUACGGCCUAUGACUGUAGUUCGAAUGGAUCCAUCAGUGCAACCAGGGCCUUUCCGUGCUGUUCUACGAUAUCUUUACACAGGACAGCUGGAUGAACAUGAGAAGGAGCUCAUGCACAUUGCUCACAUUGCGGAGCUGCUAGAGGUGUUUGAUCUGCGAAUGAUGGUGGCCAACAUUCUCAACAAUGAAGCGUUCAUGAAUCAGGAAAUUACCAAGGCUUUCCAUGUGCGACGUACCAAUCGUGUCAAAGAGUGCUUGGCCAAAGGAAACUUCUCAGAUGUUGUAUUUAAGCUGGAUGAUGGGACAGUUAUGGCCCAUAAACCUUUAUUAAUCUCUAGCUGUGACUGGAUGGCAGCCAUGUUUGGAGGGCCUUUUGUUGAGAGCUCUACCAAAGAGGUAUUGCUGCCUAAUACUACCCGUAGCUGCAUGCGUGCAGUACUUGAGUACCUUUAUACGGGACAGUUCUGCUCACGUCCAGACCUUGAUGCCAUGGAGCUUAUUGUGCUGGCAAAUCGACUGUGCCUACCACAUUUGGUGGCAUUAACUGAACAGUACACAGUGAACUUAUUGAUGGAAGCAACCCUAAUGGGAGCUGACAUUGAUGGGGACGUGCUGGUUUAUUUAGAGAUGGCACAGUUUCACUGUGCCAUUCAGCUUGGCAGCUGGUGCCUGCAUCACAUCUGUACCAACUAUAACAAUGUGUGUCGUAAGUUUCCAAGAGACAUGAGGGCCAAAUCAGCAGAAAAUCAGGAGUAUUUUGAGAAACAUCGUUGGCCGCCUGUGUGGUAUCUGAAGGAAGAUGAUCAUUAUCAACGGGCACGUAAAGAGCGGGAAAAGGAGGACUAUCUUUAUCAGAAACGCCAGUCCAAACGCAAGUGGCUUUUUUGGAACUCACCCUCAUCAUCUUCCUCUGCUUCAUCUUCUUCUUCUUCUAGCUCCUCUGCUGUUGUCUGAUUUGUUCACUGGGAUCUUGCCUGAUUGAAUGAAUACCUCUUCCCAUAUCUUCAGAUUCAGAUGGGGAGUAAGUGUUGGGUUAGAUUUGAUUGAGCCAAGGCAGUACUUAGUCAUACUAGAUGCCUGCUUGCUCUUCAGAGAUGUCCAGGUAAAAUUAUCAGUGGCAUGAGUUGUAGCUUUUCUCAUUGGCUGCCAGUGCCAGGUUAUGUACAGACCAAUGAGUGCAGACACAUAUGAAUAUGCCACACUUAAUGUGUGGUACUUCUUUUAAUAAUUCUUCUUAAUGCUCAGGCAUUUCAUCACUUAACAAGAAGUUGUUUUGUGAGCUCUGUCACUCUGUGCUUUCCGAAAAGGGUUGGAUUUCUCCAAUUCCUAUCAGUUUGUUCUGUUUACAACCGUGAAGUGGAACCACAACAAUGACAAAAAAGCAAAAAUGAGAACUAUUCCAAUAUUUUUUAUCUUAUUCCUUUUCACUCUUUUGCUGCAAUGGUAUCAAGCCUACAGGUGUUCAAAAUGCUUUGUGUUCUGUUUGAUUAAAAAAAAAAAUCCUAUGGAGCAUUCAAAGAUUUCCUGAGGUCAUGCUUUAGCUCAGCGGGUGCCAUUAGGAUUGAGUUAGGAUGAUUUUUUGGGUACGCUGUUACACACUCUGUGUAGCCGGAAAUUAUUUGUGAGAUUGUUUUGUCUUUCUGCACCUGAGAUAGAUGAUCUGCAAAUUACAAAAUCCUUUGAGGAAUAUGAGCCUAUUCCUCCACCUUCCAGUAUCUGUCUUGUGCAAUACUCCUGAGCCUCGAAUCAUUUGUCUGUUUUAGAUAAUAUUUCAGAAGUGUGCAUUGACCUUCUUUUUACACUUACACAUUUAGAUGGAAAGGUUAUCCAUAUUGCAACAGAUUAUUUAUAUUUUUUCCCAUAUGGUAUGACAGUACCUCAUUUGGAGAAGACAUUUUUGCUUUUUCCAUAUGGUAUCUUCAGUACUACAUCGGAGCAGGAUCAGUUUACACUGGACUUCACUUGCAAUUGGAUUAUUAUAGCUUUUGGAUUCAAUCUACAAUUAUUUAUGUAAACUGGAUUUCAUUGUCAUUAAAAUGGAUUCUCAUUUUUACCAAAGGUUUGAUCUCCUAAAAACAUAACCUUCCUCCUUGGAACUGAGCUCCUCAAUUGAGCUUUGAACAACAGUUAAGCUGGACUAAAAUAAGUGUAAAAUUGAGAUUUAUACUGGUUCAAUAUCACAUUAGCAUUUUCAUUUUACACUUGUAUUUGACAAACAUUUUAAGCUUAAGUUUCUCACUUUGUUGAAACUCGCUUGCACUGGAUGUGAUUAUAGUUUUUUUUUUUUUCCUUUUUAUUCUAAAAUUCAAUGUUUUUACAUAUCACAAUUGUACUUACAAAAUGCAGUGUCAUCAAAAAAGGGUAAUCUGGGAUUUCAAAAUUUAUUAUCUGUUUUAGUUCAGACCAAAACUCAGGUAUCAUUUCUUAAAUAUACAGUAUAUGUAAUGUCUCAAGGUGUAAAGUUAUACUUUAAUGGGUCUCGAUUUGAGCACAAUUUGUAGUUCAACAGAUAUUUAAGAUGAACUCUGUUUCCAUCCAAAAGUGUAUCUUAAAUAACUGUUACUAAAUCUGUUUUUAGUCUGUUAUAUACUGUAUGUGGACACAUCAGAGGAUUUAUCCAGCAUAGGCAAGGAAUUUCUUGCACCCCCAACAUGGAGAAGUCAAAUUGUUGGAGGGCAUGCUGUUGGCUUCCACUCAUAUGAAACUUGGUAUUUAUAGAAUGACAAACUUGUGGACUGGUACUGUCUGUUGGAUAAAUUGCACCAGCUAGAACUGUUUUAGGUAAUUAUGCAUUAUAUUCCAUAUACUAGUAUUAUUUAUAUCAAUUUGUAAGCUACUAUGAAGGACAAGUUUUUCGGUUUUUUUUCUGAGCUCCAUUUGCAUGACAGUAUGAAACAUUGCACACUUGGUUUGGAUAAUCAGGCAAUUAAUAUGACUACAUGUGACUAAAAGUAUGCAUUAACAAUCACUGUGACAGUAGUGUUUUAUAUGUUACAUCCUACAUAUCUUUUGCUGUAUUUUAUGAUAUAUUACGCUUUGAAAUCCUAGAAUUCUUCUUAGAUGACUUGGUACUGAAAGAGGAAUCUUUGUUUACAUUCAACUUUGGAAUCUGUAAUACAGCAAAUGCAUUAUACAGUAUUUCUAGUUUUCUUCUGAAAUUGUCACAUCUCGCACUUAAUAUUGGAUGAGCAUAUAUGACUACACUUCAUCUCUAUUUUUUAUAUCUCAGUGCGCCUUCUUUUACUGCUUGCUGCUUUAUUACAUUAAUGAAAAGUUGAUUUGCCAGUUAAUGUGAUUUUUGUGUAAUACAUGCAGUAAAAUUAACAGUAUUUCUAAAAAUGAAAAUUUUCAGCUAUUUAACAAAUACAAAAUAUUUUGCAGUUGGAAGAGCACGAAAGAAACUCUUGGAUGCCACAUCUUGGCAGUGUUUAAAUAUUUGAUACACCUUUUAACAUUUUCCUCAGGAAACUGGCAGAGACUUGAUGUAGUGUAAUGUGCUCUUCAUUAUAGCUGCCACUGCACUGAAUGAAACCCUCUGAGAACCAGCAUCAACACAACAAGAUACUCUGUGGUUUAAAACAAAUGAAACAUUGUGUGAAAAAAGGGGAUCCAAACUAUUAAUGCAAAAGGAAAAAUUGUGGUGAGGUAUAAGGCAAAAAAAAAAGCCUUCUGCUUAAGAGGGUCAGUGCGAAAAUCUUCUUUCUAGCAAAUGCUAAAGGAAGCUGCAGUUAUACACUAACACCAAACUUCACUUCUGAAGAUCUUACAAAAUCUAUUAAGAAUACUUAUUGUGUUUACUCUGUCUAUAAUUAACAAUCCACUUUUCAUGCUGAAAAUUCUUUGGACGCAAACUAUAAUUUUUAUCUGAAGAGCUGGUCUAUUCUUCUUAGCCACAUAUUCCCUUUGUGUUCAGGUGUGCAUUUAAAAGUAGACAUUGAAAGUUUGGGUGUUAUAAGCAGUGAUUUGUAUAAAAGUAUUAAAAAACAUCAAAUUCACUGAAAAUAUGCUACAUUCUGAAACCAAAGAAAACAUACCACAAAUACUGUAGCACCCAGAACAUCCAGCAAACAAUACUUACCACAUUCAUUUUCAUUUUAAAUGUUCUUCUUCAAAGAACUUCUGAUAUACUUGCAUUACAAAGAAAAAUGAACCUUUUUGACAUUACUUCUCUUUUAACAAUGACAGCAUGACAAAUAUGAAGAAAGCAUAGCUAGGAAACAAAUAUAUCAUUUCUUCUUCCAUAAACUUUUACGGAAAUGAAAGUUGCAGUCAAAGCUGAACAUUGGCAUUAUCUUCACAAAGCCUUUGUAUCAUGUUGUUUGAAACUACAUACAAAAUAAAUGUUAUUACACUUGGCAAAAGAGAAACUGCAUGGUAUAUAACAUUUUUACCGUUUAGUGUUGCUCAGUUGUGUCUGACUAUACAGUAUAGAGAUCAAUUGAGGGAUCAUUGUAAUAGAUACAGUGAUCUAGCACCUUAAUAACACUAAAAGACACUUCACACACUAAACAUAAAAAUCAUAGGCAAUGUAUGACAGUAGGCCUUAAAAAUAUGAAAUGUGACAUAUUCCUACAAAAAAAGCUUCCAAAUAGUGGCAUAUUAAUAUAUAAAUGGAGAAUUAACUUAUGAAUUAAUUAAUUGAUACAAUAAAUUGAGUCUCUAAGUUGUGCAGUGUGGGUAUCUGGUUGUGUGCACUAUGGUGGAUAUCCAACAUGUUUUGGUUUCUACCUUGUGCCUGAUAUGGUAGAGAAAGCUUUUGGCUCUCCUUUAAUAGAUAAACAGGAUCCAGAAAAGUGAUGCAAAGAUAACAAAAAUGGAUCUAAUGUAGUCUUAUCUGUUUGUCAUUUUUGAGACCUCAUUUUUUUCAAUACAGGAUCAUGCAGAGAGAUGAUUAUAUCACAAAAGUGCAAAAAAUCUCAAAAUUCUAGCAGCAAACUUCGCUGUUGUUCCAUAUGUAACACACAGUAUAAAAUCACACCUAUAGGUCAUUCUGCUUCAGUUUGUUUAAAUAUGUAUCUGUUUAUAUAUAUAUUUAUAUAUAAACACACAAACACAGUGUGUGCAACAUGUCAAUUUUGUGUUACGUCUGACAUGUACAGCUUGAAUCGAGUAAUGAGCCAUGGAACAUUAUAAACCUGUGCAAACAUAAUAGAUGAUACAAGAGAACUGUACAUGAUAUGGUUUGCCCUCUCAGUUGAACCAAUACAAUAAAUAGUUAAUGUAUACAAAUGUUUAAAAAAUACCACAAAUUGAAACUGACAGCUGUGAGUUUAAGGAUCAGCAAUUUUAUCCUUUCAGCUGAAGGGGCUGCCCUGGAAAUUUCAAACUCACAUUUCAUUGUCUUUUUUUUUUUUUUUUUAAGUGAAAAGAAGGAACUGACUAGAAGAAUGACACUGGCUACUGAUCUUGUUUAAACUGAUAUUUGACCUUCAUGUUACUGACUUUUUUCUACACCACAUACAGUAAACCACCAAGGCUGUCCAGUUGGCCCUGUCAUUCUUGUCAUUCAUCCACCUGAACUUGUGUUAAUACACAUUAAAAUUUUCAGUCGACUCAGCUGAAUAAGAAAGCUGGCCUCCUUUGGCCCACAACAUACAGUAGCAACACUUUUUUGUAUUAAGUAAUUUUUACCAUGUUUUUUAGAGCAUCAGCAUGCACUGGAAUCAUGUACUGUAGUUAUGCACAUAAAAUAGACCAGCCUGCUAUGGGCAAACUUGAUUGUACAAAGCUGGUUUGGGCGGUGCAUGCUGGAACAAAACAGACUGAGUUAAUCCUUAAGAUCUUACAAAGCCCUUACUACAGCUACUUUUAUUGUACCUAAAUCCUUGUAUGCAUUUUAUUAGGACUAAGCAACGUUUGCUAUUCACACAUUUUUCAGCUUUAUAUGAUCACUCUGAAACUAUUUCAAAAGCCAUGGCAAACAGAAAAAUGUUUGAAAAUAAGGCCCAUUUUCAAAAGGCUUUUAAUCAGAGCAUAUUUGUAAAUGUGUUGCAAUAAAUAAAUGAAUAACUGGUUGAUUACAGUAUUGAUUAACUAUAGACUUCUGAUUAAUAUAAUGCACAUGUAUGUUACAAAUUACUUUGAAUGAAAAAGAUCUUUAAUUAAAUUCCUGUUAUUAUUUACUCAGGACUGUUCACAUGGAGAGGUCUUUGCAUGUUUACAAAUUUCAGUUAGUUAUGUGGACUUGGUCCUCUGAUUUGUAUUUAUUGAUCGAUCCAUUUUUACAGAGGAUCCACAGCUGCUUAGACUCUAGCUUGAAAUCAAGAGGGAGAUAGCCUGCACAUUUCCUUCCUUCUAUGAGUAUUCACUUACUGACACCUUAUCGUUAUGCUCCAGUAGCACUGACAUGGCAUGAGGCCUUCAAAAAAGCAAACAGAGUUCCAGAAUCACUCAAAAUACCCACUAGAGGGGGAAGAAACCAUCAAACCACAACUAAUCAUGAAAGUGCAAACAAAUAAUCUUUAUAAAUAAAAAUAUUUAUUUUCCAAAAACACUGUAAAACAGUUAAAGCUCCAAAGAGCACAAAAAGGCCCCAGAAGGAGCUGCCUGAAACUGGUAAUCCAGUAACACACAAAAAGGUUGAAAACACAGAGCAAUAGGUCUAGUAAAUCUACAAUAAACGUUUAAUAAUUAAAAUAUCACUAAGUCACCAACACCACAAGUGCAUUCAGUGAACCACACGGGGACUUCUUGUUUCCUCAGCCUUUAUAGGGUUGAGGACAGUCCAUUGACAAUGAUGGACAGGUGGCCCCAUCACUUAGGGAACCACCUACAACGUACAUGGAACAUGAUAGGGAAAGGAUAGACACAUAGAAAUUAAAUAAUACAGAAAAUUAAUUUGAAAAAAAUACACAGAAUAAGGCAACUAAUUAGCAUUCCCUUCCUAAUUCUUCUAUAAAGUCAUAGUUAGUCUUAAGCACCCUGGUUUUCAGAACCCUUGUAUUUAAUGUCUGACUGAAAUAUUGAAUUGAUCUUAAACUUACAAUUUUUUUUGUCAUUUUCCAGAAUGACCACAGCAGCAUCUCUUUGAAAUGCAAAAUAUCUGUUUCUUUUCUGUUUUACAUUUUGCCUAUGACCUACCUUUUGGACUUUGUGAGCCUUAGUUUCACAAGCUAGAUAGCUUCAUACUUUUCACAUGACCCUUCAGCUUGCUUUUGUUUUGUUUGCAUUACCAUUUGACCCUCAUUAUUUAUUUUUACAGAGAUAAGCUGCUUUUUUAUUUCAAGAAUUGAAUAAAAUAUCAAUAAAAUGUAAAAUAAGUAUCACAAAAUUAAGUAUAUGAUUGCAGAAUUACCAGUACUUGCAAAACACACAGACCAACGAUCCUAAAAUAAAAUGCUACACAAGGCUAAAUAUAAACAACAGUAAACUCUUCGCCUGUUGUUUGCAAACGUAAGAACUUGCAUUUGAUUAUGAAUUCUGAACAUGGAUGUACUGUGUCCUGGCGGAUGGGCUUGUGGGGGCCAUGAUUUAAUUACAAUACACUUUUGUGCCCACCAGGCUGCUACAACCUAAAUUUCCAGAACAUAUCAGGUCACAAGCAUUUGAUUAAAAACCAAGAUCAACAUUCUACCCCAUUAGUUUGUGAGUAAUCACGAGCAGACAUUAUCAUUGCAGAACUACAAAUUGCAAAAUAACAUGGAAAGAAAAAUCUACUACAAUUAACCCCAAAAAUAUAUUGUAACACGAGGGCCAAGGUGAAAAAAAAAGCAAAGAUUUAACACUUAGAACUAUGAGAAAACUUGAGGGCAAAAUUAAUAGUCUUCUUGCAAAUAUUAAGAAAAAGUGAUAACAUCAUGAAGCCCAAAAUACAGAUCUGCAAGCAAGAAUUCACAAUACAAUGUCACUGAGCUAACAUGAAAAUCUGAGUACAGAUUACUGAUAAAGCAUGGAAUAGCUUAAGGUUCAAAAUGGUAAUCCUGUCAUAAAAUAAAGGCCUGAAAUUAAAAAAUUGCUUGCAAUGUUUUGUAAAGAAAUAUAAGAUAAUGCCCAAAAUAAAUGGGAAAGAUUCUAUAUAUAUAUAUAUAAAUCUAUUUAACAUCUGCCUGUACAAAUAAAAAAUGUGAUAAAACAAUGGCAGUGAUAUAAAUAAAUAAAUCUUACUAGAACUCCUCUUAGAAAAGAAAACCUGCACACAAUAGUCACCAGACAAAUGUGUAAAGUCAUCUAUCUAUCUAUGGCACGUUUUGCAGCCAUUUUUAAAGUUCAUGUUAGCUCCCAGAGGUUUAUUCUUGUCUUCUGAAAGUCUUCUUCAACUUGAGCUCCACUCCUUUUUUUCAUACUCCCCUGAGAUACAAAGGUGUGGAGCUUUAUUAUGAGAACUGGAUUAACACCUUAGUGCCUAUACAAUAUGAAACUAGGAUCACCGACUUACACUGAGCUACAGGAAAUCAUUUUAUGCGCAGUUCAUUACGUAGCUGAAAGCAAACAUAUGUGUCCUCUUUUCAGCAAAGUUCCUCCUUGUUUGUCUGUUUUUUGUUUGUUUGGCUAAUCAAACCCAAAGCUGUACAAAUGACUGCUUGCUGAACACAGUCUGUCUUCAUCUUCCUGUUCAGAUGCACAACAUCUCAGUCUUAUGUCAAAGCCUUAACAAAUUAUUAAUACACUGUAUGCAUAUAUAUAUUUUUUGUGAGUGCAUCUACUUUUGAGGCAGGAAUUUUGAAAUAGUAAACUUUUCCUUGGUAAACUCUCAUUACAAACUCAAAUCUCCCCCAGCUUUAGGUCCAACGGCAGAGAGAAGGGAUGGUGUGCAGCAUGGCCUUGUUUAACAGUGUGGGACUGUGGAUUUCAAAAAUAUCUUUGUGGCUUGUAAAUUUCAUGCAAGUCUUCUUUGUGUUUUGGUUAAGGAUUAAAUUUUCUCUUUUAUAAUACCUUUCUGUUUGGUAGAAAAAGUAUCAGUGUCUAGUACCAAAACGAAAACAACUCAAUGUCAGUCUGCUACUUGAGAAACGUUGAUACUGCACAUGCCUUUUAGGGUAAGUUAUACAAAGACAUUUAGACGUGUUUGGCUUGACAUAUUCAUUGUGUUGUUGGCUUUUAUUAAAAAGAAGUAAUCCAUCAACUGGAAAAUAUUCCAGAUGAGAAAGAUGAAAAAGCCUUAAACAAAGAACUACUUCUGCUUUUUCAAAUGUUGUACUGAACAGUGUGGCACAAUCAUUGUAAUCGCAGUCUAGCGUCCUCAUUGCGUUAGCUUGAAGGUAGUUGACGAUACUUCACUUGGCAUCUUUUUGAGUGAUUAUAGUUAGUGUGCAGCUCCUCAACUUUAAAACAUGGUUGCAUGUUUAAGUGGUUUGCUCUCACCUCCAUCCCUAAGUCCCCUCCACUAUCUUCAUUCACUUUUGGUUGGAUUUAUUAUUGUCUUGUUUCAAAUAUAGCUUCAACAUGCAAGGUGAGUGUCAGUAAUCUUGCAUGGUAUGAAUUAUUUUUUCCUUGUGACACAGUUGUUCAUGCUGCUCCCUCACAGAUCUAGCAUCAUGGAUUUGAGUAGAGCAGCACCUCAUCCUCCAGGCUUGGUUCUUGCUUUGGGAUUGCCACUGACCCUUGCAGAUUAAGCAGAUAUAAGAAUGUUCUAUUACACAUAGUGCAUGAUAAAAUGUGCACACAAUGCAUGCCACCUGCUAUGAUCCACCAUAGGUGGGGCUGGUUUUGUAGCUAAAAUCACGCCAUGGCUGAAUGAGGGUUUCUGUUCUUUAACUGUUCAACAUUUUCAGAGGGUUAAUUCUGUUAAGAUGGUAUCACUACACGGCUCGACACAGGAGUGCAUGUCAAAUUUAAUAACUGCAGUUGCUGAAUCUUAUUGCUGACUAGGAAUUGCAGGGUGUCAUUAAUUAAUGUGAUUCCGUCACUGUACAUCAAAGGUUCCAAGUUUCCAUUUACACUUCAAAAGUAGUGUAAUGUCACCUCAUUUUGAGAGCCAGUUUCUGUGAACUUCCAUGGUUAGUGACUGAAAAAGCAACUAUGAACAGGCAAGCACCUGUGCGCUCUUCAGAUUUUGACAAGCGCCCCCUCUAUAUGCACAAAACACCCCAUUUCCUUCUUUUCUUUCAGUGGCCACUGUUCCUCUUUGUGUCUGAGGGCAUUUUAUGCAUUUCUUGUCACUCUCUCACACACACACACACACACACAGGUCCCCCCGCCGUUUCAUGUAACCUGCUUGAUCUUCUCUUAGCGAGCCGCAGAGCGCCUUAUGACCGAGUCGUUGGGCUUGUCCUACUAUUUGACUACAUGUACAGUGGUGCUGUGAUUGAAGAUGGCUGGAAAGUCACGUCGUCUGACACCAGCUUUAGGCGCAGUUGGCUUUGAGCUUCACUGUAGAGUUGGCCUCUGAAAGAAAAACACAUUUCUAUCCUUGCACUCCUUUGCGAAUUAUUACUACUAUACAAUAUAAACAGGAAAUAAUGUGGGAUUAACAUACUGCAUGUCAUGGUUUAUGUUAGGCAGAAGAGAGACUGGAAUAUUUUCCUGAAGGAUAUUUUUCACAAGCAAACUACUAGAAAACAUUUCUUCAAGUUAUUUACUUGUGAAUUUUGCUUUCAUUGGUAUUGUGUGUUAAAAAAGACUGACAUUGUGUUCAGGUGCUGGUCAAAAGGCUCCAAUAAAGCACAAACACAAGGACCCGCUUUCAGCUCUAUACACAGAAUUGUGAAUUGUAGAGGAAAAACUGAUUUAAAUUGAAUGUCUUCUUCUUUAAAGUGGAUUCAGUAUACUUUUCAAUUGCCUUUUUCCUUCCUCAGAAAAAAUUAUUUUUGUACUGGUUUGUUAGUAAACAAAAUGUAAAGUUCACUUCUGUUGCAUGCAUCAGUGGAGACAUGUAAAUAAUAUUUAUGUAAUAAAUUCAAUUAUCGAGA